AGUCAACACAGCUGUAAACCUCCCUCUCCCAAAGGCCCUUCCGCUCUUCCUCCAAUUCUUUAUCUCCUAACUUCCCCUAAACACGAUCAUGUCCAAGUCGAUGACCAGAAGAACUCCCUCUCCCUCGUCUCCUCUCCCGUCCUUCUACUCCCCAUUUGGGAUUCUAUCCGUCCUCCUCUCCCUCUGCUUCUCCCUUUCCCUGUAUCCGCCCUCCUCAUCGGCGCAACAGACUGUGCCCGUCAUCUCCACGGUGCAGGGCCGUAUCCGUGGCAUUCUGACCCCGUUGCCCUCCGACCUCCUGGGGCCCGUCAUCCAGUACCUCGGAGUACCAUACGCAAGGCCUCCAACAGGAGACCGGCGCUUCCAGCCGCCCGAGCCUCCUUUGCCCUGGCCAGGAAUACGAAAUGUGACGCAGUUUGCUCCAGUGUGCCCGCAGUCACUGGACGAGAGGAGCAUGUUGGGAGAUAUGAUGCCGUCCUGGCUCACGGCUAACCUGGAUAUAGCUGCGACGUACCUCACUCACCAGAGCGAAGAUUGUCUCUACCUCAAUAUCUACGUGCCCACUGAAGAAGACAUCCAUGAGGAAGGGGGUCAGCGGCCGGUGAUGGUCUACAUCCACGGGGGCUCGUACACAGAAGGCACUGGCAACAUGAUGGAUGGCAGCGUGCUGGCAAGCUACGGCAACGUCAUUGUCAUAACCCUCAACUAUCGCCUCGGAGUACUGGGAUUUCUUAGUACAGGUGACCAGGCAGCAAAAGGGAACUACGGCUUGCUGGAUCAGAUCCAGGCUCUGCGCUGGGUGAAAGAGAACAUCGCAACCGUCGGAGGAGACCCGGGCAGGGUCACUGUGUUUGGAUCGGGGGCCGGGGCCUCGUGCGUCUGCCUGCUCACCUUGUCUCACUACUCUGAGGACCUGUUUCACAGAGCCAUCAUCCAGAGCGGCAGCGCUUUAGCCAGUUGGGCAGUUAACUACCAGCCAAGCAAGUACGCCCGGCAGCUUGGUGAGAGGGUGGGCUGCGGCAUCGAUGACAGCACCCAACUGGUCGCCUGCCUUCAGGGCCGGAGUUACCGCGAACUUGUAGAGCAGAGCAUCACGCCGGCCAAAUAUCACACGGCUUUCGCCCCAGUGAUUGAUGGUGACGUUAUACCGGAUGACCCUCAGAUUCUGAUGGAGCAGGGAGAGUUUCUGAACUACGACGUAAUGCUGGGGGUUAACCAGGGCGAGGGCGUGAAGUUUGUGGAGGGCAUUGUGGACUCAGAGGACGGCAUCACGGCUGAGGACUUUGACUUCGCAGUAUCAGACUUUGUGGAUAAUUUGUAUGGAUACCCAGAAGGCCGAGAUACGCUGAGGGAGAGCAUACGGUUCAUGUACACGGACUGGGCAGACCGCGACAAUGCAGAAACCCGACGGAAGACUCUAGUGGCGCUAUUCACAGACCACCAAUGGGUGGCGCCAGCUAUCGCCACAGCUGACCUCCACGCUCAGUAUGGAUCCCCCACCUACUUCUACUCCUUUUACCACCACUGCCAGAGUGAUGCCACGCCGCCCUGGGCUGAUUCUGCCCAUGGUGAUGAGGUGCCCUACGUGUUUGGUGUGCCCAUGGUGGGACCCACUGAUCUGUUCAACUGUAACUUCUCCAAGAACGACGUGAUGCUGAGUGCUGUUGUCAUGACUUACUGGACCAACUUUGCCAAGACUGGUGACCCAAACCAGCCGGUUCCUCAAGAUACUAAGUUCAUCCACACUAAACCUAACCGUUUUGAAGAAGUGGCUUGGUCUAAAUACACCCCUAAAGAGCAGCUGUAUCUCCAUAUUGGCCUGAAGCCCCGUAUCAGAGACCACUACCGUGCCACAAAAAUCUCCUUCUGGCUCCAGCUGGUCCCUCACUUGCAUCAUGUUAAUGAGCUCCUCCAAUCGGUGUCCUCCUUUACCCACAGUCCCUCUCCACAGGAUGACACUCCUUAUUCUUACACAAAGCGUCUAGCCAAAGGUUGGCCUCCUAGUAGUACACGUCAUCCAGGUCCACAAGGAGGUACUCCACAGCCGCCAGAGUCUGCUUUAGGCCAAGGGGGAGAGGAAGACGGGGUCCGCGUGCCCACCGAGGACUACUCAACUGAGCUCUCAGUGACCAUUGCGGUGGGAGCUUCCCUGUUGUUUCUUAACAUCCUCGCAUUCGCAGCACUGUUGUACAAGAAAGACAAGAGGCGUCUGGAGCAUCGUCGGCCACGUCCACUUCCUCCCCCCAGACGAGACAUCACGCCCGGAGAUGUCGCGGCCCACCUGCAAGGGGAGGGACUUCGGUCAUUACAGGUGAAGCAGCUGGAGUGUGAUGCUGCGUCAGCAGACAAGAGGAACAACACUCAUCGCCAUCACAUUCUGGAUACGCUGGACGCCCUGGACGGCUUGGACACCCAGGACAUCUACAGUACACUGGACACCGUGCGCCUCACCUGCCCGCCCGAUUAUACCCUGACCUUGCGCCGCUCACCUGAUGACGUCCCGCUCAUGACCUCUCUGACCCCAGGAUCACUGCCUGUUACCCCGGCGACGCCGAUGACCCCCAUGACGCCUGGAUCCGUGGUGGGGAUGAGGAUGGGGCAUCCACACCAGGGAUACACACACCAUAGCCCGUAUAGUAAUACGCACUUGCCACACACACACAUCUCCGCACACACACACUCCACCACACGUGUAUAACUGCAGCAAGAUACUUGCACACACAAGGAAAUAAUUACAACACACAGACACACUAACACACGCACAACCACACACACAUGUGCACGCACACACACAGACACACAAACACACACAGACACACAUACACACACCUACACACACAAAACAAAAGACUUAAAUACCUCUACUAAUUACCCUGCAGGAUUGUUUCAGAUGGAGUGACAGAAAGACAUUUUCAGUAACAGGAAGAAAAGACAGACAGCUGUGUGUUGCACGUCGGGAACUAAAGACAAACUGGAUCCCGGGAGAUGCAGUUCUAUGCAUCAUUUGCUCAUAACCUUGAACGCGAUGAGCCAAGGCAUCCAUCAAAUGUCUCAAAACCUGCUUUGGAUAUUAAAUCUCCUGCUUUUUCUACACCUGAGGAGGAAGAGGAGGAUCGCUGUGGCAAAAGGGUCAGUUACGGAUCAGUUUACAUCUCCUACUGUACCUGUGCUGCACGGUGAAGCAGUGCAGAGACUGAUCAGAGCACACGCAGGUGCAGAUGCAGAUGCAGAACACAGCUAAGAAGUACCACACACAGACUGCUGAUGUCAACUUGAACAACCUGUGAAAUGUGAAUGUAGCAUUUUUUUCCAUUAAAAGAUCAAAGGCCCUAUCUGCCAAGGAUCAAACUAAGCUGAAUAGAAAAUAACACAUUUUAGGAAGAGAUGGAUGUAAAGAAAGACAGAGAGGAAAAGGGGAUUGGAAAAAAGACAACGUUAGCUGAAGGAACAGUUCUUCAGAAGAUUUUAUUUAGAGGGAUUUAACAGCUGUGAGAGUGAGGAAGAUGAAGAGAGAUACUGUAGAGUGAUAUGGAAAACACAGGAAUGCAAAGUGUGCCAAGAGACAGAAAUUAGCUUCAGAAGAUGAAAGGGCCUCUGAAGAGUUGUCAGAUUUAGUGAAGAAUCACUCUAACCAGCUACGUGUUAAACUCUUGUAAAUAGAAGGGAAAGUUACAGAUGAUAUAUUAUGAUUUAAAGCAUUUACCUGCUAUUGCAUUAAAACAUGACUUAUUUAACCACAUAAAUGCUUUCAUUUCAGAUAUUACUAUAUUAUUGUAUACGUGUCCUGAAGCAGGGCUGGUUGUCUUUCUAUCUCACCCACUGUAGUAUGUACACAGUACUUUUAUUUAAUGGCUAUAUUUGCUAUGCAGUCAUUUCUAUAAUUCUUAACUGUGUAAACAUCUUGAUACUUGUUUAGUAGUUGAAGUGUAGGCCAUUUUCACACCAUCUACUGUCUAUUUGUUUCUCUAUCUGAUGACGAGCUAGUACUGUGUAGAUAAUGCAAGCUUGGUUUGAUUGAGCACCAGCCAAAAACCACGACCCGAUAAUCCCUUCCUAUUGUCCUUUCCCCUUGCUCCUAAAAUGUCUCUUCAAUGCCUUAUCUUUAAUUCCUAUACGCCCAACCUUAAUAGGUGCAGCCUCUGCAGUCAAGGCAGACAGGUGGUGAUGAUUCAGGAGGUUCCAAGUCACAUCUUACCAGGGGCCCUGGUAAUUCUAGAAGAGCCCCUUCUUGAACUACCUAAUGCUGAUUGAAACCUUGUUAAAGUGAGAAUUUAAAGCUUGACAUUUCUCCACAGUGUCCAAUAAUCUGUCGAACCCAUAUUUUAAAGUCUGGAGUUUGGUUUGCUAUCUGAUUAAUUAUUUUGAGCCACAGUUGAUUAAUCAGCAGCAGUCUGGGUGGAGCUGAGGAGGGAGGAUCAGGGUGGCUUUGCUUGAUAGUCUGACUUGACAUUGAAGGCAAACACAACUCCAAACGUACCGUUUUUUUCCUCUCCUUAAUAUCUUCUGUAGCUAUUAUUUUUUUUAAUUGCCACAUGCUUUCGAAGAAGUGAAAUGAAUUAUUAAAAAGCCACCACCAACAUCUUAUGCAAAUAAUGAGUGAUUUUAUUUGAGAAAGAAGUCAAAGGUUUUCCUGCUGACUUGACGCAAAGCAGUAACCAGCAGUGAGUGCUUGAGGGCGGUGGUUGUUUCUGCGUUGCGUCAUUAUAAUGAGAUUUGAAGCAUUCAGAAAAUGUAUUUCAACCAAUUCUUAUUGACAAUUCAUGUGCCAGAGAUGUAGAACUGCCAUGGCUGCCAUUACGAAAUAACAAAUGGUGAAACUCUGUCUCUGUAGGUUACUAAAGUGAAGGUACAAACCUUAGAAGUCAACUGAACAAGAAACCCCGACUCCCAAACCCUGAUCCUAACCAGUAGGCUAACCAAAGGCCCUAAUCGUGAUCUUGUAACUUCCCUGUUUUAUCUUCUUUUCCUGAUAGCCCUACCCCCCCCUCCCCCACCCCCAGCCUCAUCUGUGCGACUACAUGCAGCUUUGUCACAGUGUGGCCUAUUUAACCUCCUCUCAUCCUAAGUAACUUCUUCAUGAGAGAUUUUAGUUAAUUGUCAACAGAAUACAUGAACAGUGAAAGCCGAACAAUUUGUGGAUGACAAGCAAAGAAACUUUUAUAAAAUGAUAUAAAAAUAACAUUUAAUGUAUGUUUGAUUGACUGCAUAUUUCUUUCAUAUGGGUUUAUUGACUCAGCGGAUGGCUGGAUUGUGUCAAGCAUAAAACAUUUUUGCUGCAUUUUUGAAAAAUAAAAAUAUCAG